GACCCUGCAUUCACUAUAUCUGGUCUCCCCGGACCCUGCAUUCACUAUAUCUGGUCUCCCCGGACCCUGCAUUCACUAUAUCUGGUCUCCCCAGACCCUGCAUUCACUAUAUCUGGUCUCCCCGGACCCUGCAUUCACUAUAUCUGGUCUCCCCGGUCCCUGCAUUCACUAUAUCCGGUCUCCCAGGACCCUGCAUUCACUAUAUCUAAUCUCCCCGGUCCCUGCAUUCACUAUAUCUGGUCUCCCCGGACCCUGCAUUCACUAUAUCUGGUCUCCCCGGACCCCGCAUUCACUAUAUCUGGUCUCCCCGGACCCUGCAUUCACUAUAUCUGGUCUCCCCAGAUCCUGCAUUCACUAUAUCCGGUCUCCCCGGACCCUGCAUUUACUAUAUCUGAUCUCCCCGGACCCGGCAUUCACUAUAUCUGGUCUCCCCGCACCCUGCAUUCACUAUAUCCGGUCUCCCCGGACCCUGCAUUCACUAUAUCUGGUCUCCCCGGACCCUGCAUUCACUAUAUCCGGUCUCCCCCCGGACCCUGCAUUCACUAUAUCCGGUCUCCCCAGAUCCUGCAUUUACCAUAUCUUGUCUCCCAGGACCCUGCAUUCACU